GGAUCAGCUUGUUGGUAGGUGUCAGGAUUUCCCAUUUUCUGCCCCAGAGCAGGCUCCCUUUCCUACCUCUCCAGCUUCUAUGGUUCUGGACCAGACUUGUUAACCAGUCGGUGUUUGUGAGGCUUCCCUGCCUUUCCCUGCAUGGAGCCAUGGCAUAUUCAUCUGACAUCACGGCUCCAGGCCUCUCUCUGGGAAAAAUCUGCCUCUGCACACGCUGGAGUCUAAACUAUCUCAGCUCACUGUCUCUUUCUCCUCAGAUGACCCUGCUCCUACUUCACAGACAUCAAAGGAAGGCCAGGAAAAGUGGGUCUGCCUGGUGUCAGCCUACAUGGGGCGCUGAAUGACCAGUGCCUGCCUCACUUUUUCUGCAGUGGUCAAGUGCAUCCAGUCCAGGCUUCACUGCAGGGACUUUCUGGUCGCAUUAACUCCUCCUUGAGCUAGGGACCAGUCCUUUGGAACUCCAAAGCCCUGUAGACUAAUGGCUGCUGGAACAUCCACCUUGCUUAGCCUGUCAGGCCCUGCUGAUCACAUGGCUGAGGAAAAAGGGGCUUCUUUGAGUCCUCCGGUUGACAAAAGAUGGAGGCUCAUGGGACCUAAGCAGAUUCAGGCAGGGCUGCUCAAUAAAGCAAGCCUCCUGGACUCUGGAGCUGCCGCAGGGAAGGGUGGCCAAGAUCUGGCCCAUUCUGAACUGAGCCUCUCAACAGAACCGGAUAAGCCCGGACUGCACAGGCCCCUGGGCUACAAGGCCUGCACAGAGCAGAGGCAGGGUUCCUUUACAGAGCUGUCAUGUCUCCAGGAGAGGCCAGGCGACAUUCAAGCCCUGAAGAGGAAGCCAGAGGACCCGGAAGGCCAGCUUGGCACUCAGCAGCUGCCCCAGGAUCUCCCCAGAGCCUCAGCUGAUGGCACAGAGUGCUCAGUAUGGCCGGGUGCAGUCCGGAGUGGGAAGAGGAGCGCUUUCAGGAGGCCAACCACGCGCCCCGUGGAAAAGCCCCGGUGCUCCCCCGCAUUUCCGGACGGUGGAAACGCGGAGGGCCCAUGGGAGCUCUCGGGACUCAUCACCACCGUGGAUAUCCCAUGUUGGGCUCAGCUGUCAGCUUUCAAGCUCACGGGAGACUUCUGGAGACUGCACAUGCUGUCCCAGAACAUUCUAUUCUGCAAUGCUUUCCAUGGGGCUCCAACACCGUGGCUGGACCACACGCAGGCGCAAGCAUCCACAUCCUUGACCCCUUCCGCCACAGCCUGCCGGGUUCUCUUGCCACCCACACUCGCAUCCCCAGGCUUGCCCACUCAGAACUGGUGUGCAAAGUGUAACCUCGCCUUCCGUCUGACGGCUGACCUGGUCCUUCACAUGCGGUCCCACCACAAAAGGGAGCACGGAGGCCCUGACCCACAUUCUAAGAAACGCAGAGAGGAAGUUCUCACUUGCCCCAUUUGCCAUGAGUACUUCCGGGAGCGACACCAUCUUUCCAGGCAUAUGACGUCACACAGUUAGUGGGUGGCUAAGGAGGAACCCGAUGGCCAUAGUAUCUGGUGCUCAGUGGUGAGGCACGGCCGACUCCUUGCCUGAGUUGAGAAGGUGGUCACAGGUGUCUUCACGGUUGUUCCCUUUGCUUCGCAGAGGUGAACGGCUCAGUUAUAAUUUGUCAGAUGUCCCGCCCCUUGUUUUGUAUUUUCCAGGAAAGCCAUUCACUGAAACGGUGAGCUUCACUCAUGGGAUUAGGGGAUAAGGGGACCCAUGACUUGGGGAGCAGGGCUGUUCCUGGCUCUGCUCCCAGUGCUCUGCCUGGAGCACAUGAACACAACACCUUGGCUUUUCUGACCAGCAAGCCUACAUUCACUCUGGGCUCUUUCACUGCUGCGCCGCAGACUUGGAUAUGUUCCUUUAACUUGCCGACCCUCAGUUCUCUCGUUUUAAAGUGGUGCAUUAGCAGAAUGUCAUCGGUCUUGAGGAAGGUGUGUGGGAGGUGGCAAGCUCGUUUUCUGGUAGGUUGUGAGCACUGAGCGCAUGGAGCUCAUGGCCACUGCUUGUGCUGGUCAGCUACAUGACUUGUGAAAUCUCAGGGGUGAACGAGGACUAUGUUUCUCUGCCACGAGCCUGCAGCAAAGCUGAGGGUGAGCUUGACUUGGUAGACACGCUCAGGCUGCAUUCAAGCCUAUUCCCCCGUCCCUGCUGCGUCACACGGUGAAGCUGGGAAUACCGGAUGGCAACCAAAAUGUCCAGCUAGAUUCCCAGCCUCUGCCUGGGUCACAAGCCUAACCUCUGGGUCAGUGUAAAUCCAGGCCUAAGGUGACCAAGUGGAAAAGUGGCCUGGCUGAACCCAUAAUAAGGGAGUGGUUAGCAAUUCACCGUCCUGUUCUCUCGGUCUUCACACCGUGAAUAUGUGAGGAGAGGAAAACAGAAAUACACCACUUAUUCAGCAUGAUUUCUGGGUGCCAUCCUUCCUUGUGAUCCUGAGCUGGGCAGGAAAGAGCAACUGGAGGGCACUCAGAAUGAGGUCCCCAUCCCCACAACACUACAGGACAAACUUGAAGAGGUUGGUGACUUUUCCAAGGCCACCACACUGGUGUAUCGGUGGAAGAACAAAAUCCUGUGACCUCCAGAUCUGAGGUCUGUCUCUUCCAGCAUGCUGCAUGUCUGCUUAGCUAGCGUGGUCGUGGAGCAUACGGCAGGACUCAAGAAUUGGAACUUGAGUCUGACCUAGUCUCUUCACGUCCAGUUUCAACUUAAUCUUGCUACUUAUGCACAAACACAGACACAUAAACACAUAGAGACACACACACAGAUACACACAGGCACACACAG